UCCAGUGCCCUUUUCGGCUGAUAUUCUUGUAUGCGACUCCGACAAUAACUCCUCUUCCUCUCCACUCCACCUCCCACCUCACUGAGGGAAAUGAUUGUUUUGGGUUGCGGAGAAAUAUCGGUAUAUUGUCCGCAUACAAUCAAAUAUUAUGCUCCAUUUCCCCACUAAUACCAUUAACAUGUUGGUGUAUUCUAACCCAAGAAAACUGAAGAGAAUCAUAACUUAUGAUACAACGGAGAAAAAGUACAUGUAUUCAGAUGUGGGGGAGGUUUUAACUGAGUCUCUGUUUGGAGACGAGGAAACAAAGUUCAUAUUCCCAGCGCAACUCUUCUUCCUGGAAUGAACCACAGCUUUCAAACCCCUCCCUCUUCUUCCUGCCCUCCGGCACAGCGAGCGCCACUCUGUGCAUUUCUUUCCUGGUUCCCUCCCCUUCAGAUCUACAAAUUUACAGAUGGGUGUAGCCAACAUGGUGGUGAAGAGCAGCAGCUGACACACCCUGUUCACUGCAGAGAGAGUCGCUUUUUGAGGAAGUGAAACUCAGUCAGUCGUGUUGUCUUUGAGAGGUAAAAUGGCGCAGAAAGGAGUUCAGCUGGACCGGGAGACCUUCUCUUGUUGCAUCUGUCUGGAUCUCCUGAAGCAUCCGGUGACUAUUCCCUGUGGACACAACUACUGCAUGAACUGUAUUAAAACCCACUGGGAUAAAGAGGAGGAGAAGAAACUGUACAGCUGCCCUCAGUGUAGGAAGACCUUCACACCGAGGCCUGUCCUGGUGAAGAACACCAUGUUGGCAGAUUUAGUGGAGGAGCUGAAGAAGACUGGACUCCAAGCUGCUCCUGCUGAUCACUGCUAUGCUGGACCUGAAGAUGUGGCCUGUGAUGUCUGCACUGGGAAGAGACUGAAGGCCCUUAAGUCCUGUCUGGUAUGUUUAGCUUCUUACUGUGAGAAACACCUCCAGCGUCAUUAUGAUGUACCUCCAUUAAAGAAACACAAGCUGGUGGACCCCUCCAACAAGCUCCAGGAGAACAUCUGCUCUCAUCACGAUGAGGUGAUGAAGAUCUUUUGCCAUAAUGAUCAGCAGUGUAUCUGUUAUCUCUGCUCAAUGGAUGAACACAAAGGACAUGACACAGUCUCAGCUGAAGCAGAAAGGACCGAGAGGCAGAGAAAGCUGGAGGGGAGUCGACUAAACAUCCAUCAGAGAAUCCUGAACAGAAAGGACUACCUGAAGCUGCUCCAUCAGGAGGUGGAGGCCAUCAACAUCUCUGCUGAUGAAACAGUGGAGCACAGUCAGCAGAUCUUCAAUAAGCUGAUCAUUCUCAUGGAUAAAAGAUGCUCUGAUGUGGAGCAGCAGGUCAGAUCCCAGCAGAGAACUGAAGUGAGUCGAGUCCAAGAGCUUCAGGAGAAGCUGGAGCAGGAGAUCACUGAGCUGAAGAAGAGCGAUGCUGAGCUGGAGAAGAUCUCACACACAGAGGAUCUCAACCAGUUUCUACUCAACUACCCCUCACUGUCACCCCUCAGUCACUCUACAGACUCAUCCAGCAUCGACAUCCGUCCUCUGAGAUACUUUCAGGACGUGACAGACGCUGUUUCAGAAACCAGAGAUAAACUACUGGAAGUCAUGAAAGAGAAAUGGCCAAACGUCUUACUGACGGUGAGUGAAGUGGAUGUUUUACUGUCAAUAUCAGAGCCCAAGACCAGAGCUGGAUUCUUAAAGUAUUCUCGAGAAAUCACACUGGAUCCAAACACAACAAACACAGUUCUGAAAUUAUCUGAUGGGAACAGAAAAGUAACAAUCGCACAUCAGUCUUAUUCUCGUCACCAAGACAGAUUCACUAAAUGUUGGCAGGUCCUGAGUAGAGAGAGUCUGACUGGACGUCGUUACUGGGAGGUGGAGUGGAGUGGAGAGGAGAUUGAUAUAGCAGUUGCAUACAAGGAUAUCAGGAGAAAAGGGGACAGCGAUGAAUGUGUUUUUGGACAAAACAACAAAUCUUGGGCGUUAUCUUGUUACUAUGAUAGGAGUUAUACACUUUGCUACAACAAAGUCGAAACUCCUCUCUCAGGUCAUGGGUCCUACAAAAUAGGAGUGUACCUGGAUCACAGAGCAGGUACUCUGUCCUUCUACAGCGUCUCUGAAACCAUGACUCUCCUCCACAGAGUCCAGACCACAUUCACUCAGCCUCUCUACGCUGGACUCUCGGUGGGAUUCAGUUAUUCUUUCACUGCUGAAUUUUGUAAACUCAAAUAAACAGAAGUCAGAGAGCUGAUUGUUGAGGCGUUUCUUCACUACACUGAGAUCAGCUGUCAGUCAAACAUUCUGACUUCUACUUUGACGUCUUCUCACGAGUCUGAACAUGUCUGAGUUCCUGUCGGUGGCGCUCCUUCUCUGUUUAAUCAUGGAGGCUCUCACUGCUCUACAUGUCUGAAUAUUUCUAUUGUUUCUCUUCCAAUGCAUGUUCAUGGAGAGAGAAAUCCCCAGACCUUCAUUUAUCAAAGAUAUUUUUUAUUUGAGUUGUCUUCACUUUGUAAACUUGUAAAGAAAUCUUUAAUUACAUGUAUUUGUUUGGCAGACAUACGACCUGUUAUAUAACUUUAAUUAUCAUGGUCCUUGUAUUGGAAUCAGUGUGUUGUUUUAUUUCGUACCACCUAGAGCAGGGGUAUCACACUCAUUUUCAGCGUGGGCCACAUCAGCAUCACGGCUGCCUCUUAAAGGGCCAGUACUGUAUAAACUACUCAAACAUAUUGUUAAAUAACUCUUUGCAUUUGAUUAUUGUUUAUUUGAGUGUACACAUAUUGUACGUAAGAACAUUUCUCUAAUAUUAGAACAUAAAUCCAUUUAAUUUGAAACCUUCAAAAUAAAAGCGCGGGAUAUUUUUCUUCAAUUUCUUUAAGAAAAGGGGAUCAUGUGUCUUUUAAGGGGCCAGGGGCCACAUAAAAUGAUGUGACGGGGCAGAUUGUGACCUAGAGGGAUGUGAAUAGCUGCAUGAAGAGGAAGAGAGCCAGUAGUAAAUAUUCAGACUAACAGGAAGUGAGGUGCAUGAGUUCCUUUUUGCUGUUGGACUCAUGGAGAGCGUCUCACUGUACAAUCCUCUUCAUCCUUUCACUUAAUGUCCACAAAAAUCAUCUUCAUCCGUGAAUCUUCUCAUAUGUACAGUUAUGUUUCGGUUAAUAGUUCUUUGGUUUGAGUUCAGUAUUUUUGGUGAUGGUUAGUUUAUUGGGUGUAUAAUUUCUUUGGUGGUUGAAGCAUUGGUGCUUCUGUAAAUUGUAUUUACUGUUUCAUCUUUUAUUACAUACAUUGACAUCGUUCAAGUUUGUUCGUGCCAUAAAUCUUUUUAUCUACUGAUGUACUCAAGAUAUGUUUUAGUACUUACUAAGGUACUUACUUUUAUAUAUUUGUUGCUCUUAAGUUUUGACAAAUUAUGCUUUUACUUCAUUAAAUCCUGACAAACACAAGAACAAGUCUGUUCCUCUGAGAACGCAGUGCUGGAGAAUAUAACUGAAACAAUAUAUUGCCCGCAACAACUUGUAGUGAGGAUGAUAAUCAAUGAGGAGAUCAAUCAAUAUUCUCUUUAAAAUUAAUGACAUUCUAAUCCCACCGAUUGAUUGUGUGGAUGAAGUGAAUCUCUAAAUGAAAUCAUUGAUUAAGAGUCAUUUCACAAACUUUACUGACGGGAUGUGAGAACAAACUGAAUGUUUACAUGAUGAAUAAACAAACAUUAACAAAG